UUGCGCUGCUGGCUGUUUUCGCAAACUCUUGAAAAAGAAUAUAGAACAUAUUUUUCGGAUAUUUUUUUCUUAUUUAUUGAACUUAUUCUUAAGAAAAUCUAGUUUAUUUAUAUAAAUAAGUUGACAAAGUUAAUCCGAAAGUGAUUUUUUGCUUCUUUACCAAAUUCCAAUCGGAAGAAAAAAAGCGCAUUUAAAGAAAUUUUUGCAUCCCAAGGGCAUUACCUACAAUUUUUUCCAAAAGAAGAGUGAAGUGAAAGUGAAGUUCAAUAAACGGGGAAGAACUAAAACAUACAAUUAAAAUUUCUUCAUAAAAUCAUGGGAGUCCCAAAGUUUUUCAGAUAUAUUAGCGAAAGGUAUCCUUGCCUUAGCGAAUUGGCAAGGGAAAAUUCUAUACCUGAUUUCGAUAAUCUCUACCUGGAUAUGAAUGGCAUCAUACACAAUUGUUCUCAUCCAGAUGAUGGAAAUAUACAUUUUAAUAUUUCUGAAGAAGAUAUGUUCAAAGAUAUUUGCAAUUACAUUGAAAAGUUAUUCUUUUUAAUAAAGCCUCAACGUCUAUUUUUUAUGGCUGUGGAUGGUGUUGCGCCAAGAGCAAAAAUGAAUCAGCAAAGAAGUCGCAGAUUUCGAUCUGCUAAAGAUGCUGAAAAUCUUUCACUUCAAGCAAAAAAUCGCGGAGAAAUCAUUGAACAGACUCCAUUUGAUUCGAAUUGCAUUACUCCCGGCACGGAGUUCAUGGAGCGUUUACAAAAUACUUUACGUUUCUUUGUGAAACAUAAGAUCAGCACCGAUCCAAUGUGGCAGAAAUGUCGAGUGAUUCUUAGUGGACAUGAUUCCCCUGGAGAAGGAGAACAUAAGAUUAUGGACUAUAUACGUUACUUAAAAUCACAAAAAGACUUUGAUCCGCAUACAAGGCAUUGCUUGUACGGCCUAGAUGCAGAUCUUAUCAUUCUAGGAUUAUGUACUCAUGAAAUGCACUUUGUUGUUUUGAGAGAAGAGGUUAAGUUUGGAAAAAAGACCAAACGUGCAUCAAUUGAAGAAACCCGUUUCUUUCUUCUUCAUUUGGGUCUUUUCAAAGAAUAUUUGGAAUUGGAGUUUUCAGCACUUAAAACAUACGAUUCGUUUAGCAUGUCCAAUUUAAUUGACGACUGGGUUUUAAUGGGAUUCUUAGUUGGAAAUGAUUUUAUUCCGCAUUUGCCCUGCUUGCAUAUUUCUUCAAAUGCAUUACCAUUGGUGUAUCAGACUUAUAUAAGAAUAUAUCCAAAAUUGAAUGGUAAUAUAAACGAAAAUGGAAUUCUAAACUUGGGACGUUUGGAAAUAUUUUUGGAAGCUCUUGCUGAAGUUGAAUUUCAAAUUUUUGAAGAAAAUCACGCCGAUUUAAAAUAUUUUGAAGGAAAACAGACAAAGAAUGGCAUUGACGAAGCGUUUGAUUUCGAUGUCAGCGAAAUAUUAGACAGUAAGCAAGAUGAUGACUUGGCACAACUUAUUGAAAGUAGCAGACAGUUUUGUGAAGGCGAUGACAUCAACGAUAUUACAAGUGACGAUGAAGAACAACACAUAUUUGAUGAAUUUAGAACUUACAAGCGCAAUUAUUACAUAAAAAAGCUAAACUAUCCAGAAAUGACGCCGGAAGUACUAGCUGAACAAACUAUAACUUAUAUAACUGCCCUUCAAUGGAUAUUAAAUUAUUAUUAUAAAGGAGUGCAAUCUUGGAGUUGGUAUUAUCCACAUCAUUAUGCACCAUUCAUAAGUGAUCUUAAAAAUUUCAAUAAUAUGAAGAUACAAUUUGAAAUGGGAAAACCAUUUUUGCCCUUUGAGCAGCUAUUGGCAGUAUUACCGGCGGCAAGUAGAACUCUACUGCCAAAAGCUUAUCAAGAUUUAUUUAUAAGUCCUGAAAGUGAGAUUUUACACUUCUAUCCGACUGACUUUGAAACCGAUUUAAAUGGCAAAAAAAAUGAAUGGGAAGCUCUUGUAUUAAUUCCAUUUAUUGAUGAAAAACUUCUACUCGAUGCGAUGAAAAAAUGCGAAAUGGAUUUGAAACCUAGUGAAGUAAAACGAAACAGUCAUGGCCCAAUGUUGCAAUACGACUAUACAUCACAAUCCCAGGGAGAAUGUCAAAGUUCUUUGCCAGGAAAAACCAUUUACCAUGUCUUUUGCACUGAAAAAGCCAUAUGGCGUGAUCAAAUUUUCGUUUCAACCACAAAAAGUCCAUUAUGUGAAUUGGAUAACGCUACCCGUGAUGUGUUUUUCCCUGGUUUUCCUACUAUGAAACAUUUAAAGUUUGAUUUUACUAUAAAGAACUCACGUGUUAAGGUAUUUGAUAAUCCUGCUCGAAAUGAAAGCUUGAUACUAAUGCCUGAGCGAAUUCCUGAUUUUGAUGACAUUGAGUAUGUUUCAAAGAAGUGCUUGGGUCAAGUUGUGUAUAUUGGAUGGCCACAUUUAAUCAAAGCCAAAGUUACUGAAGUUUCCAAUUCAGUGGUUUGUGUAACGUCAGAAGGGCCAAAAGAAAAUAAUAGCCGUUUGUUUGAUAUGCAAUGUCGAACAGUUUGUGAGCACCUCUCAUCACGAAUGGGUAUUGAAAUUGAAUUUCCCAAAGUGCUUGUGAAGGUACAGACCCUAAUUGGAACAUCUUUGAUAUGUGGUAGUCAAGGAAGAGUUAGCAACAAUGAUGUUUGGAGUCGAACUGAAAUCGCGUAUCCACCUUCAAUUAUUGUUUAUGAUCUUAAAGUUCAUACUAUUAGUUCAAUGCUUCCUAAAAAAGUAGAGAAUAUUUUUCCAGUGGAUAGCAGAAUAUUUUUUGUUGGAAAUCCAUAUUUUGGAAGUGAAGGAACAGUUUUAGAUCCGUUGUUGGUUUAUGAGUGUGGAAGGUUAAAAGUAAGCAUGACAGUAUUGCCCGAUCCCGAUUUAUCAGAACCUAAGCAGCUACAAAAUGGAUUAGAAUCGAAUUACUAUAAUUCAUAUGAUGUUCAAUCACUUUUGGGAAUCAAUACAAGAGUUUUGAUGCGAUUGACUGGACAAAUGUUGUGUGUCAUGGGUCAAAAACAGAAAAUUCUUUCGGAUUCUGCUAAGAAAAUUAACAUAGGUUUACAUAUGAAAUUUCCAAAGCAGAACGAAGAACUAUCUGGAUAUUGCCGUAAAAGAGACAAUAGUUGGUAUUUUUCUCCCAAAGCUAUUACUCUCAUCCAAGAGUAUAAUAAAAUGUUUCCCACGGUAAUACAAUAUUUAAUCCAAACCUCUUCAUCGUCAAAUUAUGAAUUCUGUUAUGAAUCAGAUAUCUUCCCAAAUAAGGUUGGUCAAAAUUGUGUUAAUGAAAUUGUUCAGUGGCUUAAUGAGCAAGAGUUUUCAAAAGCAGAACGUGUGCCGUGCGGAACAAAGACUCUCGAAAAAGAAGCGGUAGAAAAAAUUAUUGAAUCUAUAGAAAAAUUAAAAACUCAACCUGUUAAAACAGUUAAACUACAGGUCAAACCACAUUUACUUAUGAAACCAGAUGUAAAUAUUCCCGAACAAUACAAACCUAAAGCUUCAAUACGACUUUUUGAUCGUGUUGUUGUGGUUAGAACUACAUAUUUAGUUCCUAUUGGAUCAAGAGGUACUGUGAUUGGUGUCUUACCAUUCUCCGAUCCCAAUCCGGUUAGACUGGAAUGUGUAAGACAAACAAGCUAUUUUCUUGAAGUUCUUUUCGAUAAGAACAUUCCCUUUGGCAACUCUAUUUAUGGAAUAGCUGAAGGCAGAGUAAUGAGGGUGCCCGAAACGGCUGUUCUUUUAAUAUUUAAUGUUGAUAACUCACAUCAAAAUGAAACUUCUGAGAAGAAUUCACAAACCAAUGAAAACCGUACCCAUAACUCUCAAAAAGUCAAUAACACACUAUCCAAUAUAACAACAUUUAAUGCAGAAUCUCAAACAAAUUCAAGACAAACAUAUAUUGAGACUUCAAAAAAUAACUUUACAAAUAUUGAAGAAAAUACAACGAAAUCAAAUGCAGUGACAAAAGAAGAUUUCUGGAUGCCUGCUCCAGAUCAAAAAAAGAAAAACUAUAUUAAAUCGGCUGCUGAACAGUCAACUAUAGAAAAAUCAUAUCCUAAUCAUGUAGAAAAUUGGAGAACAGCUAAUUUACCACCACAAAGUGGUACAAAAGUUCAAAAUAGUAUUACGAUAUUUGGAAAUCAAGAGAGUACUCUCAAUUCAGGAACUGAAGCUCUAAAAAAUAUGCUCGGGUUGCAUACAGCUAAUCCUAGUAAGCCGCUUGUUAAUGCAUCACAGUUUCCUCCUCCACCAAAUUGGAGAAAUUCAACUUCAGCAGCUAAUAAAACAGACGGAGGUCUUAAAUUGACGAGUCCUGCCACAGACGUUAAGAAAAAUGACGUACCGUUGCAAUACUACGGCCAAUGUCUUCCACAUUUCGCGCCACAACAGCAACUGCCAUAUGUCAAUGAUAAUUUCUACAGUCCGGUUUGUUUGAAUCAAAAAGGUGCAUUUAUCCCUUUGCAAGUGAUGAAAUCGUGCCCAAACAAAGUGCCACAAGAGCCGGUUGUAGAAGGACAAAUCGAAGAUUCGAUACGAAACUUGUCCAUUGAUACAUCCACUAAAAUGAGAAAAAAUUAUGAAAAUAAUGAAAAGACCGAGACAGCUACACCUCUUACUGACUCAAAUAAAUUAAUAGAAUCCUUGCAAAAGACUGUUACAGUAACAAAGAAAGCACCAAAAACAUCAAAAAUAGCAGCUAGAUUUGACAAUCUUUAAACUUUGUCCAUUAAUUGAUUAAGGUGCACGAUUUAAAGAGCUACAUUGUAUAUGUAAAUUUGAAAUCUAUUAAGAAAAAAAAAAGAUUAAAAUAUUUGAAGACAAGUAGAAUAAACUUAUGAUUUUAUUUUGAAAA